GUGUGCUAAAAAAAUAUCCUCCACGACAACCAACCCGCGAAACGGACCCAACCGUUGGGCGGACGGCAAAUAGUGCCUGCGGCGGCGGUGGCAGAGGUGGCGACAACCGGGCUGCCCCCACCAGACGACACGAAGGACAAGGAACACCACCAGCAGAAAUCAACCCAACCCGGCCUACGCGACUCCGGCUCCAAGAUGACUGCGGUGGAAGUGAUAUCCGGCUACAAAUACUACGGCAAGGCGAACGAUCCCAACAAAAAGAUCGUUCUGAAUCACCUCAACAUGAGCGUCACCCGGGGAUCGAUUUACGGACUCCUGGGUGCCUCUGGUUGUGGCAAAACGACGCUGCUGUCCUGCAUCGUGGGGCGAAAGUUUCUCAACGAUGGUGAAAUUAGCGUACUCGGGGGAACCCCUGGUACGACUGGGUCGGGUGUACCGGGACCCCGCAUCGGUUACAUGCCACAGGACAUCGCGCUCGUGGAAGAGUUCACGAUCAAGGAGACGAUCUACUACUUCGGUCGGAUAUACGGCAUGUCGAAGGAGAAGAUCCGUGAGCGCUACAAACUGCUCAAGCAUCUGCUCGAGCUUCCCGGUGAUGAUCGGUACGUUGGCAACUGCAGCGGUGGCCAGCAGCGGCGCGUAUCCUUCGCUGCCGCCAUGGUACACGAACCGGAGCUGCUCAUACUGGACGAACCGACCGUCGGUCUGGAUCCGCUGUUGCGCGAGAAGAUUUGGCAGUACCUGGUCGAGACGACGAGUACAAGCAAAAUGGCUGUGAUUAUAACGACGCAUUACAUCGAGGAGGCAAAGCAGGCAGGAUUCAUCGGCCUGAUGCGGAACGGCAUUCUGCUCGCGGAGGACUCCCCGACCAACAUACUGGAGCGGUUCUCUUGCACCUCGCUCGAGGAGGCCUUUCUCAAUCUCUGCCAGAAGCAUGGCCCCUCAGAGGAGGCUGAUCGUACGACACACCAAACGCAAGCACUCCGGGCGAUCGUCGACGCGCAAGACCUCAAGAAGGUGAUACCGGCGUUGGCGACCAACGAGCAGAAGGCGAAGGACGGUGGAGGACUGUUUGCUGAGAAGCGGAAACCGCUUACCAGCACGAUUAAGGAGCUGGUGAGCUUCACGACCAAGCGCCGCAUGAAUGCCCUGCUGUCGAAGAACUUCCUCCAGAUGAUCCGACAACCGGCUGGGAUGGUCUUCCUGUUCCUGUACCCGAUAUUUCAGCUGGUGAGCUUCUACAUCGCUGUUGGCGGUAACCCGAAGGGCCUUCGACUCGGCAUAGUCAACGAGGAGCUAACCAACAUUCGACAUUGCUUCAACGAAUCGCUCAUGACCACCUAUUAUCGUGAAGACUACGAAUGUGAUCUAUACAAAGUGUCGUGUAGGUUUUUGGAGAAGCUCAACCGUAGCGUGGCGAUUCAGGAAUAUUACGACACGUACGAGGACGCGUACCGCGACGCGCGGAAAGGUAAAAUUCUCGGGUUCAUCCACUUUUCGGAAAACUUUACCGAGUCCCUGCAGGAUGUGCGGGAUAACGUGCGCGACGCGGACGACGGUUCAUUCCACACGUCCGAAAUCAAGGUGUACCUGGACAAGUCGGAUCAGCAGAUCACGUUCUUCAUAGAAAAGAAGCUGCUGCAGACAUAUCGAGAAUUCGCCGAAAGCUUAAUGACAGAUUGCCGGCUACCAAAGCAGUUGGCCAACAUACCGAUCACCUUCGAGACUCCCGUUUACGGCACGUUCGACGAAGAGUUUACUGACUUCAUGGCACCGGGCGUUGUAAUGACGAUGAUCUUCUUUUUGGCAACGCUAAUUACGGCCACCAUUUUCAUCACCGAUCGAUUGGAAGGUGUUUGGGAUCGAACGAUCGUUGCUGGAAUAACCGCACUGGAGCUUCUGCUGGCGCACAUUAUCACGCAAACGUCCAUCAUGCUGCUACAGUGCAUAGAAAUCAUUCUGCUUGCCACGUUUCUUUUCGAUGCGCAGAACCAGGGUAGCAAUAUAACCGUCGUGGGUUUAUUGAUGCUGCUGGGUUUCGCGGGGAUGUUGUAUGGCCUUCUUAUAUCGAUCUUCUGCGAUGCGCAUUCGACAGCCAAUUUUAUGGCAACCGGUAGCUUCUACCCCAUGAUCAUCCUGUGCGGGAUCUUGUGGCCCCUGGAAGGUAUGCCGCAGUACCUGCAAUACAUCGCGUACUGUUUCCCAUUCACCAUACCGUCGAUAGCGGUGCGGAACGUGCUGACAAAAGGAUGGAGCAUAACGAAUUCACAGGUCUACAUGGGAUAUGGAGCCGUUGGUGUGUGGAUAAUAAGCUUACUGCUGCUCUGCCUGCUUGGGCUGAAGAUAAAGAAAUGAUUCAGCGGGAUAAAGGGUACGAUUGGGCGGGAUUUUUUUGGUAGUCACUGUAAGUAAUAUUUAAUACCGAACAAAUCGGGCGAUCAUUUUCGCCCGGGUCUAGUAUGUACGUUUUAUGCUCCCUAUUUGAUCCCCAUCACUUGACUGGCGGAUAGUAGAAAACAAGGGUAUGAAAACAUGGGAAGAAAUGGUUUGUCCAAACUUUUGAAAACCCUCCCCCAUCACUCCACCUGGUCAUGUGCUUGUGUGAAGAGACGUAUCAAAAGCUAUUUAAUCUAUGUGUGUGAAUUUUUCGCUGUAUAUAAACUUAAUGUAAAACGCAAGUUUUUCCUCGAUUGUAUUUUCGAAUGGAAACAGUGUUUCGUGACACUUAGCUUAAUAUACGACCAGGAGAAGAAAAUAGGCACAUGUUUGUUUUACCAGUGCGCGACAGGGAAGCAUCAAACAUGCAACCAAAACGAGAUAUGAGGAUUAUAUGAGUAAUGCUGCGUAAAGUAACGUAUCGCAGAGCAUACAUGAAUAGCAGAGGAAGAUAAAUAAGUAACUGUGGAAGUCUGUCAAUGCCCUAGUUUAUAAUUGUUUGUAUUAUGUUUCUUUUUGCUUAUUCGUGGAAUGUAAUGAAAAUAAACAA